AUGCUUGAAGCUGGAGCACUUGUUUGGCUUGCCUACAAGCAGGAAGCCGCUGUUUCCGGCGCCCGCGCCGCCGAUGCCCAGCUCCGGCUUGAGCAUGCCGCGGCCAGCGCAGCUCGCGCGGCUGCCCUCUCCGCCACUGCCCAGGCUGCGGUGGCAGCCACCCCUGCGCCCCCGGCCUCGGGCACUGCCGCAGAGGCUGCCCAGGGGGCCGUCAGUGGCGCGGGUCCCCGUAGUUCGAGUCCUCGCCUGCCUGCACCAGAAGCGGCAGCGGCACCCCCGUGGCGCCCCGGCGCUGACGCCCCCUUGGGCGGCCGUGUCAAGCGGGCACGAGAAGAGAGCCCCGAGUGGGCAGCGCCCCGAAAGUGCACAUUAAGUUUCAUCGAACUCAUAGCAUUGCUGCAGACCAAAUUGCUAACAUAUAUUACUCAGUGA